AUGGCGGGCGGGCACUGCGGCGGGGGCCCCGCGGCCGGCAGCGGCGAGAUCGUGCAGCUCAACGUGGGGGGCACCAGAUUUAGUACCUCAAAACAGACUCUUAUGUGGAUUCCAGAUUCCUUUUUUUCCAGUUUGCUGAGUGGAAGAAUUUCAACACUUCGAGAUGAAACUGGUGCUAUAUUUAUUGAUAGAGAUCCGGCUGCAUUCGCACCCAUUUUAAAUUUUCUUCGGACAAAAGAAUUAGACUUAAGGGGGGUGAACAUCAAUGUCCUCAGGCACGAGGCCGAGUUCUACGGAAUCACCCCACUAGUGAGGCGGCUGCUCCUGUGCGAAGAGCUGGAGCGCUCGUCCUGCGGCAGCGUCCUCUUCCACGGCUACCUGCCCCCGCCAGGUAUUCCCAGUCGCACAGUGAACAGCACAAGCAGACCGGCUGCCGAGCCUCGGCGUGGCCUGGGCCCCACAGAAGGCGACGCCCGGGGAAGCAGUGCCCAGCCCGCUCUGUCCGGGUCUGGAGAGGAGACUGUCAGGCUGGGCUUUCCCGUGGACCCACGCAAGGUGCUCAUAGUCGCGGGCCACCACAACUGGAUCGUGGCCGCCUACGCCCACUUCGCUGUGUGCUACAGAGUCAAAGAGUCUUCGGGGUGGCAGCAGGUGUUCACCAGCCCGUACUUGGACUGGACCGUCGAGCGGGUGGCCAUCAACGCCAAGGUGGUCGGCGGUCCCCAUGGAGACAAGGACAAGAUGGUCGCGGUGGCCUCUGAGAGCAGCAUCAUCCUGUGGAGCGUGCAGGACGGAGGGAGCGGCACCGAGAUCGGCGUGUUCAGCCUCGGGGUCCCCGUGGACGCGCUCUUCUUCAUUGGGAACCAGCUGGUGGCCACGAGCCACACCGGGAAGGUGGGCGUGUGGAAUGCUGUCACUCAGCACUGGCAGGUUCAAGACGUCGUUCCCAUAACUAGUUACGACACUGCAGGGUCGUUCCUUCUGCUGGGAUGUAACAACGGGUCCAUAUAUUACAUCGAUAUGCAGAAGUUCCCUUUGCGAAUGAAGGAUAACGACCUCCUUGUCACUGAGCUUUAUCACGACCCUUCGAACGAUGCCAUCACUGCGCUGAGCGUUUACCUCACACCCAAAACCAGUGUCAGUGGGAACUGGAUUGAGAUCGCCUACGGCACCAGCUCGGGAGCAGUGCGGGUGAUCGUGCAGCACCCCGAGACGGUGGGGUCGGGCCCGCAGCUCUUCCAGACCUUCACUGUGCACCGCAGCCCCGUGACGAAGAUCAUGCUGUCCGAGAAGCACCUGGUGUCAGUCUGUGCGGAUAACAAUCACGUCCGGACGUGGACGGUUACCCGGUUCCGAGGCAUGAUCUCCACCCAGCCCGGGUCCACGCCUCUGGCGUCGUUCAAGAUCCUGUCUCUGGAGGAGACAGAGAGUCACGGCAGCUAUUCCUCGGGGAACGACAUCGGGCCUUUCGGGGAGCGUGACGACCAGCAGGUGUUCAUCCAGAAGGUGGUUCCCGUCACGAACACGCUGUUCGUCAGGCUCUCCUCCACCGGGAAAAGGAUAUGCGAGAUCCAGGCCGUGGACUGCACCACGAUAUCCGCGUUCACGGUGAGGGAGUGCGAGGGGUCCAGCCGGAUGGGCUCGCGGCCGCGGCGCUACCUGUUCACGGGCCACGCCAACGGCAGCAUUCAGAUGUGGGAUCUGACCACGGCCAUGGACAUGGGCAGCAAGAGCGAAGGUCACGACGCUGGGGGCCCGACGGAGGAGGAGCUGCUGAAGCUGCUGGAUCAGUGCGACCUGAGCGCCUCUCGCUGCGCCACCCCCAACAUCAGCCCGGCCACCUCGGUGGCCCAGCACAGCCGCCUGCGGGAGUCGGAGUCCAGCCUCCAGCUCCAGCACCACGAACCCAUCCAGGAGGCGGCCACCUACGGCUCCCUGAGGCCCUACAGAGAGAGCCCCCUGCUGGCCAGGGCGAGGAGGACCGAGAGCUUCCACAGCUACCGGGACUUCCAGACCCUCAGUCUGAGCAGAAGCGCGGAGCGAGCCGCGCCCGAGAGCGCCCCCGCGGGGCCGGGCCCGGCCGAAGGCAAGCGCGCCGAGGGCGCCGCGGGCGAGGGCGCGUCUCCGGGGGCCGAGGCCAGGAGCCCGGGGGCGGCGGACGGGGCCGCGGACGGGCCCAGGGUGGCCGAGGCUCUCCUGGAGCCCAAGAAAAGGUCGUCGGAAGAGGAAAACGAGAGCAGAGGGGAACCGCGGCGGAAGGGCCCCGACGGAGGCGGCUUCCUGGGACGGAGGAAAGGGCCGCUCCUGGCCUCGCCCUGCGCCCCGGACGCGGCGCCCGACUCGCCCGGCCCCGCGUCCCCGUCGCCCACGAAGACCACGCCCUCCCCUCGGCACAGGAAGAGCGAGUCCUCGGGGCCGGAGUACAGCCUGUGAGCGCCCCGGGCUGCUGCCCUGCGCCCCGAGACGCAGGGACCCGGCCUCAGGACGCGCCUUCGCCCCAGAGCCGCCCUGCGGGAAGAACGGAUCUAGGUCUCGACUCUCCUUUAGGUUUGCAAGGACCUGUGACCGGCCGUCUGUGGGUCAAGGCCGUGUCAGUGUGUCCUUAGCAAGGGG